UCAUGUUGGAAGCUUUAAUGUCCUACCAGCCAACACAGAGCAGCAGCUUGUCCAGGGAGACUUGGUGACGUUAGAUUAACACGCUUGGUUUCAAACUGUCAGGAUGUGGCCAGUAUCGUGCAUGGUUCAGCGCACUUCCCCUUUAAGGUUUAGGAUUUGGGAGUGACGCGGAUAUGAGGACUAGUUGAGCUCUUUCUUUUGCUACGAAACAUAUUUGGACGAACUAGAUUGACGGCUGUCAGCAUCAGAUGAUCAGAUAAUUAUGAUUCCUGUUUACAUUGUUUGUUGAAUGAACCAAAGCCGGAGUUCUUUGUGUUUACGACUGAUUUAUCACCUCGGAAUACUAACUACUUGGCAGGGCUGUCCUCGGAGCCGCUGGGAUAACUUUGGAGAAGUUCUUUGUAUUCGGGACAGACAGCUUGGACAACAAGCUGAACAUGGACUGGGGCACAGAGCUUUGGGACCAAUAUGACAUCAUUGAAAAGCACACACAGUCUGGCCUGGAGCUAGUGGAAAAGUAUGUGAAAUUUGUGAAGGAGAGGACAGAGAUUGAGCAAAACUAUGCCAAACAACUGAGGAAUCUUUCAAAGAAACAUAACCUAAAGCGAAGCAACAAAGAUGAACCAGAGUGCAGGUUGUCCAGCUACCAAUCUUUUUUGGACAUCCUGAAUGAGAUGAAUGACUACGCUGGGCAGAGAGAGCUAAUUGCUGAGAACAUGAUGAUGAACAUUUGCAUCGAUCUUACCAAGUACCUGCAAGAGCUGAAGCAGGAGCGAAAGACGUACCUGAUGGAGGCCAAGAAGGCCCAGCAGAGUUUGGAGAGCACCUAUAAGCAGCUUGACAAUAGUAAAAAGCGCUUUGAGCGGGAGUGGAGAGAAGCAGAGCGUGCAGCGCAGUACGCAGAGAAGACCGAUCAAGACAUCAAUGCCACAAAAGCGGAUGUUGAAAAAGCCAAACAGCAGGCUCAUAUGAGAGCACAUGUAGCAGAGGAGUGCAAGAAUGACUACGCUGCUCAGCUGCAGAAGUAUAACAAGGAGCAGAACCAGUUCUAUUUUAAUGAUAUGCCACUCGUUUUCAAUAAAUUGCAGGAUCUGGAUGAGAGACGAAUAAGGAAGUUGGCACAGGGCUACAUCUUGUUCUCAGACACAGAGAAGCAUGUGAUGCCUAUCAUUGGCAAGUGCCUUGAAGGAAUUACUAAAGCUGGCACUAAUGUUAAUGAGAAAAAUGACUCCAUGGUUGUAAUAGAGCAGAACAAGUCGGGCUUUGAGCGUCCUGGAGAUGUGGAGUUUGAGGACUUCAGUCAGGGCAUCAACCGAACCUCCUCUGACAGCAGCUUGAGUACACCUAAAGGUCCCGCGGACCUUCUAGGGAAGAACAAAGGCAAAAACUUUUGGCUUUUCAGCAAAAGGAGUAAGCUCUCUUCUUCCACACUCCCACCAUUCUCCAAUCCCCCUGCCCCUUCGCCCACUAAUGGACCCCCUUCCCCCAAGUUUGGCCGGGACCCCCUGUCGUAUUGUUUGAAGGAGAUCAAUAAGACAGUCAAACCAAGAAUCUCUUCCUUCCGGACACUCAAGAGAUCGAGGUUUACUCCAGAGAGAAUCGUGCCUACAGUAACAGAAGACUUCGCCCAUCUUCCUCCAGAGCAACGCAGGAAGAGGUUACAGCAGAAAUUAGAAGAAAUUAGCAAGGAGCUACAAAAGGAAGUAGAUCAGAGUGAGGCCCUGGGGAAGAUGAAAGAUGUUUAUGAGAAAAAUCCUCAAAUGGGAGACCCUGCUAGUCUGGCAUCCCAAAUGAGCCAGACAUCCCAGAAUAUAGAACGGCUCAGAGGAGAGCUCAGCAAGUAUGAGACUUGGCUGGCUGAAGCAGGAGGUCGAGGGGACACAGUGCGCCAUAAAGUUCACACAUACAACAAUAAUGGAGCCCAUGAUAUACACAGCCCUGAUGGAGCUCACUCAGAUGAAAGUACUCCUGAUCCCUCUCAAGCCAUCUACGCUGAGUUUGAUGAUGAUUUUGAGGACGAGGAACUAACUGCUCCUAUUGGGAAAUGUACAGCCAUGUACAACUUUCCUGGUGCUAGUGAAGGGACCAUCUCUAUGCAGGAGGGGGAGGUGCUGGCUGUGGUGGAGGAGGACAAGGGGGAUGGGUGGACCCGUGUCCGUAGGAACAACGGAGAUGAAGGCUACGUACCUACAUCUUAUGUCACAAUCGCACUCAACAAAUGACAGACAUACAAGAAACAGGGGAAAAAUAUACUUUACAACAUUGUAUGCUGUCGCUUCCAUGGGACCAAUCAUAAAGACGUCACAGCACUCUGGGGGAGACCACUGGCAUAUCCAGAAGGGGAUCCAAAUAAGGUGCUAUGAUUCCUUAGAGAGGUGCCCCAUAUGGGCAGAGGAAUGGUGCUAACGGUAUGUUUGUCAUGGCUCACAUUACAUUAUUGUAAAUCACGGUUACCUAGCCUCCUAAACCACAAGGCUAUUUUACUUUUUGAUAAAAAGUCACAAUCAAUUUUUGGUUUUUAGUUAUUAAAUGUUGUGUGGGUCUUUGGCACCAACAUGGUACAAGUGUUUGCCUUGUUCCAACAGCCUAGUGAGGCAUUAGCAUCUGAAUGUGAGAGGAAGAAGAAGAGAAGAAGGAGGGAGAUGAGUGCUGCUGUGAUCUUUACACUGUGUGUUAUUACCAGUAAUACUUAGGAGGAAUUUACUUCACCUGUUUACCUUUUUCAGUUAUAAACUGACCUGCUCUGAUCUAUGGCAAUACACUCUACCGCUGGACCUAGGAUAUAUGACCUGUUGCAGGUCUUAUUUGUCUCUAGCGUACUACUUUCUAGCUUUAAUAACACUUGCAAAGAUAUAUGGCACUGUCACUUUGCUUAUGGUUGGACUUUAGGUUUUAAGUGUACCCAGAGCAUGAGUGAUGUCGGCGGCAGGAUGCUUCACUUUUGGUUUUCUACAGUUUGUGAGACCAAAGGUAUGAGCAACUCCCCUGUCAUGGUAAAUCACAUGCACAUAACAGUAAAAAUGCUUUCAUUUUCAGACAAUCAUUGCCAUGUCAUUGUUUAAGUUUAUUUUCAAUCUAUAGGGGGAUAUACAGUAGCUGUUGUUUUCUAACAGUUACAACCUGAAAAUUGUACUAAAAUAAUUUAUUACAAAUGUGUAUGUUCUAUAAAUAUUUUCUAGUGACAGAAGUUGUGCUUUGUAUUAGGAACGUUCUCACAUUGUUCUUUUUCCCCUUGCAAAGAUAGUGGACAGUUUGUAGACAUUUAGACUAUUGUAUUUAUGUAAUAAAUAAAAUAUAUUUUAGCUAUCACAACACCACUAUUGUCUUAUUAGCCUUUUAACCAUUCACAUAAAAACUGAGAAAACUAGAAGUCUGUAACUAUGUUGCUAAUAAUGUUUUGUCUGGAUUGACACCUUUUCGAGUUGAUUCACGUGCUUUUUUAUGUUGUCAUGGAGCCAACAAGAAGCAUUGACUGUGCAUUUGUCUUUGGUGCCUUUCUGGUUAAAAGCAAUGUGUUUUUACCAUUUUUGAAUGUAAGAUAUGUUCAUUUUAAGACUUAAUAAAUAAAAAUGGUUAUGUCAUUUCUGGUCUUGGAAAAUAAAGAUUUCAAACA